AUGAGUUUCAGGAGAUGUCGUUCAACAGGAGACUUAAGAUCUUCUAAUGGCGAUGGCUUCUUGGCUCCUCUCUUUCCUUUCUAUCACGAUAUCUCAGGUUUCCCCGACUGGCAUAAAUCUCCGGAAAAGGCCCCCUCGAGUGCUUCACAUUCGCCUUCUCCUCGCUCUGCUCUAGACUCUAACGACAGGCGACUCCCCUGCCCAUCACCGAAAACUAACAAGGAUCCAGGUGUUUUAUGCGAUGAACAGGAUGCUUGCAAACCCUUGUCGAAGAAGAUCGGGGUCUUCAUCCCUAGUCCAGACCAAGCUUCCCCCAGAAAGGAUCCCUCAUACUUUGAUAGGAGAUGCAAGGAUGGAAGCCCUGUCCUAGAGAGUCGUAGCCUCGUGAACUCCCCAGACCGUUUUCUUCCAUCAAGAGAACUGCACUUCCCGCCAGAAACGCAGUUUCGCGUGAGCAAGAAUCAUGACUUACUCACACCCCACGAAAAGGCCCACCGGCGGCGAGAUCCAAACGCAGACCCGUUUUUCAUCCCAACAGCUUCCAGGAUUGUGAACAAUCCGAGGCGAUUUAAUCCAAUAGACAUCGGGCUUAUUCCCCAUUAUCGACCACGCCAUGUUCAUGAGAUGGGAUUUACUGACUUGCCCGCGGCUAUCGACAAUGGUUCGGCAGAGCAGCCACGACAGGUUAGUGUAGGUGCUGUAUGGCAUGUUGGCGGCACUUCGCCGGCACUAAGUGACCCCACAACUGAAGCCCCUGACGAUAUCGGCUACCACCGUGGGUCAGGGACAGUGGCACCUAGGUACUCCGCGAAGUUCGAUCGAAAGGAAACCGAUGCGGAGCAGCAUCGCAUUCACGAAGCCCGCAUUGCAUUAGCUCUAGACCUUGACCCUGCUUCCAGAAUCCUUGGGUUCGCUAUUCCAGGAACCCCACCAGAUACCCCAUCCAGCCUUUCAUCCCCAGGUCGUGUUCGCCCUCCACUUACUUGGAAGGACAGUGUAUGGACAAAAGAUUUUGGCUGUACCCCAACGCGCAAAAAUGAAUUUUUCUGUAUUGCGUUUAGAUAUCGUCGGGUUCUCUACAAGCAGUCAACUAACCCACAUAUAGCGUCGCCCAAAAAUAUGGCGAAAGGGAACGAGCGACUCGUUUCGACCGUUCCGUUCCGGGUGUUGGAUGCUCCGUUUUUGCGUGAUGAUUUUUACUCCACGACCCUGGCUUACUGUCACAAAAUUAAAGUUCUUGCCGUUGGCCUUUCGUCACGGGUUUAUCUUUGGUCUGAGCAGGACGGUGUCAGAAAUCCACCGUUGCAACAAGUCUCUAGGGACAAUGUUGUGACCUCUCUUUCCUUUUCCUCGGAAAAGGGGGGGUGGAGUAUUCUUGCCGUAGGGCGGCGUCACGGGGAGCUUUCUCUAUGGAGUACCUUCGAUGCAGAGGUCCGAUUCGAGGCACGUUUUCCAGCUGGAGUAGCCUGUGUUUCUUUUAAAGAUACUCCAAGCAUCGGCCCAUCUGAAUGGUCUUCACGAAUAUCAGCAAGCAUUGAACAUUUAGCUGUGGGAGACGAUGCAGGUAACCUUUGGUAUUAUGCCUUGGAAUGGACUACACCUAGGUUAAGAAAGCGGCGUAAUUGGAACGGAAGUAUGACACUUAUUGCUAGGAUAGCCUCACAUACACAGCAAAUAUGCGGACUCUCUUGGUCCCCGGAUGGGAAGUACUUCGCAACCGGGGGCAAUGAUAACGUUUGCCUUUUAUUUGAGACGGCAAGCAUUCUUGCUGGCAAUACACAAUCUGAGCAGUCAUGUUCAAACACGUCCAUGGCGAUCCGUACGCGUCCUCCGAAGCAACGACACAUGCAUCAAGUUUUGCCUCUGCAUCACCAGAAUUAUAGUACUGUGUCCUUGUUGUCUGACCCUACCUCUCGGGAUGCAGAGAGCGUCGGCUCUGAGGACCUCUUAUCUGAGUUAUCCCAGGCCGAGACAGUCAUACAUCCACGCCGGGAAAAGCAUAGAUUGAGGCAUUAUGCUGCGGUCAAGGCCAUCUCUUUCGCGCCUUGGGAGCCAACACUGCUUGCUACCGGCGGCGGAGCUGACGAUCAAUGCAUACGCUUUUGGCACGCCCCUACAGGCGCAUUGCUUGCUUCUCUCAAUGUGUACGCACAGGUUACUAGCUUAAUCUGGAGUAGGACACGACGCGAAAUAGCAGCAACUUUCGGAUACGCCAAACCUCGUCAUCCUUACCGGAUUGCCGUCUUUGCCUGGCCAAGCUGCGAGCAGGUUCUCGCUAUACCAUGGGCAGACGUUGAUGACAUGGAAGGAUAUGAUGACAACACCCCUGGACGUGCGCUUUGGGCGAUUAGCUAUCCUGGGGGACCCAAUCAAAUGCCGGUUUAUGCAUCCGGCAGGUCGCAAGUUACUAGUGAAGCUUCUGACGACGGAACACCUGGUCAUUUACCUUCGCAUAUAAGGAGACAAUCACCGCACAGGGGCGGAAGGGAUCCAUCGUCCAGUUCACAAAUAGCUAAUGUAAGGUAUACCGAGGGGCGCAUUUGGUCCACUAGAACUGAACGAGAAGGCUGUAUCGUCAUCGCAUGUAGCGAUGAAAGCAUCAGGUUCCAAGAAGUUUGGGGAGGUGAGCCUAGGGGCCUUGGAGGAGGUAGUGGCGUAUUGGGAGGAAGCCAGAUACUCGAGAGUUUGCAUGGACUUGAUACGUCUGUGGACUCGAAGGAGAUCAUUCGAUGA